AUGCAUACGCCUGCGUCGAGGAGAUGGCAGUACGCCGAAACACCGAAAGUGUGGAAGCUUCAGAGAGAGGGAUCGGCCUCCAGCAAUCAGAUGCCUGCAGCCUCCGUUCACACGCCCGUGGAUGAGGAAGUACAGGCAGAAGCACCUGACAGCGAGUCGUCCUCAAGCUCCUGCACAAGCCGGCCAAGUCCAACCGACACUGCCUCGAAGAAGAAGAAGAAGAAGUCCAAGAAGAACAAGAAGCAACGGAAAAACCCGCCCCCUGGCUUCGACCCGACGCUGAAACCUGGCGAGGAAAAGAACCACGUGCUGAGCUUCAUGCAGCGUUUGAAGCACGCUCCACAUGGCAACAACAGUCCCCACCAGCUGGGAAUUUGCUAUUACACCGUGGAGGUAAAGGAGGGCUACGUGUGCUGCCACCAGUCAACGUUGGUUGUCACAGCGGAAGACAGGAACGGAGAUCCCUAUGCAUGGAGUGGGCAGGAGUUCAAGGGCGAGGUGGUACGGAAGAAGGCGUGGGCGGAAAAUGCAGCAGCUAGAGUCUUCCUUGCAGAUGCUGCAGUUCGGCAAACGGCUGAAAACAUGGAUCCGGCCUAUGCGAGAAAGCAAACCGAGAGCCAGAAGCGUAGGCUGCCGAAGCUGAGGGAAUUCCGCCGUGCCAAGAGGGCUGCUGCAGCUGCUGCGGCGAGACAAAGACGUCCUUGCAUUUGCUGGCACGUCUGGCGUCCACCCGACAUUCGAACUCUAUUAAAAGCUCCUAAGCCCCAA